UCCCAUAAUGCACUCCCCGUUCAUCAGCGGGAAACCAAAAUGGCGAACGUGCUGGGGGAGAAUGAACCGUUUAUUAUUUUCUAAGCAAGGCUCGCGCUCUGCGGGUUUUCGGCGCACACAUUAGUUGAUAAAUCUAAGCCAUCGCAGCAGCGGGAAAACUGCCUCGCGCCUUUUCUGCUUUUUCGUCUCGCGAGGCAUUUGUAACAACGGAGGUGACCGAAUGAGAGACUCUGGGGCUGUGGAUCAGUCGCCUCUCCAUCACAGAGCUCACCCUGAGCAGCAGGCCGUGUCCCUGUCACCCCGCGGCCUCUCAGCCAGGGGGGAGCAUGGGGAAGAAGACAUGUCUGCCAGGUUCACAGAGGGGCAGGAUGUGUUGGCCAGGUGGUCUGAUGGCUUGUUCUAUUUGGGAACAAUCACAAAGAUAGAUCGGGACAAGCAGCGCUGCUUUGUGGUCUUUGAGGAUAGAUCGAAGUCUUGGGUACUUUGGAGCGAUAUUCAAACAGGAGACGAAGAAGACAAGGAUGAUGAGGAUGAUGACAUUGUUUGCUCUAUAUGCCAGGAUGAGACCUCAGAGGAACCUAACGAGAUUGUCAUUUGUGACAAAUGUGGUCAAGGCUACCAUCAGAUGUGUCACUCGCCCAUUAUUGAUGCUGCCGUCAUUGACUCUGAUGACAAGUGGCUGUGCUCAGAGUGUCAGCUGGCUUCUUUGUCCGAGAGGGUGAGUGAACACAGGACGGGGGCAUCUACCAAGAGCUUUCCAAAACAAGCAAAGCAGGAGCCACAUAUGGAGUAUCACCAAUCCUUUCCCUAUGCUCCCGAGGAACUUGUGUGGGAUCAGGGUCAUAAAACCAACGUCCAGCAAUGCUACUGCUACUGUGGAGGACCAGGAGACUGGUACCUGAAGAUGCUGCAGUGUAACAGGUGUCAGCAGUGGUUCCAUGAGGAGUGUCUACAUUGCUUACAGAUGCCACUGCUCAAUGGAGAUAGGUUUUACCUCUUCGUCUGUUCAGUAUGCAGCGGUGGACCAGAGUUCCUUGACCGGCUGCCUCUCAGCUGGAAAGAUGUCGUUCAUCUGUGCUUGUACAACUUGAGUGUGAUUCAGAAGAAGAGGUAUUUUGACUCUCAAAUGCAGUUAAUGCCUUACAUUAAUGAGAACUGGGAGCUGCUGCAGCUGGGGAAGCUUGGCAACACACCAAGACCUGAACGCUAUGAAAAAGUUCUGCAGACCUUAAACGACAAUUGUUACACGUUCAUGUCAGGGAAGGAGGUGAAGAAAAAGAAGCAUUUGUUUCGCCUAAGAAUCUUUUUCCCCCCUGCUCCACCCAACUGUUCUGAACCCGCAUACACGGUGAUGGGGGAGCCGUUACACGAGAUCACUAUAAAAGGAUGCAAGGCCACCAAAAGCUUCUUUGACAUGAAAAGCCUUGGGACUUUAACCAAUGGCACAGAAAAGAAGAAGAAGAAGAAGAAAAAGAAGAAAAAGAGGAAGCAAGAGGCGUGCAGUUUGGAGACGCUGGCUGAACCCCAACGGUCCAAAGAGCCAUCCUUGGAAACAAGUAAACCGGACCCCCGUGCACUGGAUCAUUUGACCUCUGUUAACACCAGGAGUAACAAGCCUCUGCUGUCAUCACGGACUUCUGAUGUGGAAUCCCUCGGCGCCCUCAGCACCUCAGAAACUACCUCAAGUCUUUCCAGACAGUCCAGCCUCUUCAGUUCCAACACGAUGCAAACAACCGCCUGCAACAUGCCUUUCUCUUCUCCGCCUUUAAAACGGAAACGCGGCCGACCACGGAGAACCCCAAAGCCCCCCAAACCAGAACUCCCCCCUCCUCCCAGGCUUCCAGACGCAGACGUCCCAGCCACAGAGAUGUUGGGCUCGCUCCCAGGCCUUCACCCCACAGACAUAGUGCACGGCAUGGACCCCAACACCCAGCUCUCGCACCUAAAGAGCUCAAUCAGCAGCUAUUUUGGGGUAGCGGGGCGUCUGGCUUGCGGAGAAAGGUACAAAGUCCUGGCCCGACGGGUCACCCUGGACGGCAAGGUGCAGUACUUGGUGGAGUGGGAAGGACUCACUGCCACAUAGAUUGGUGGAUGUCAUCGACCAGUUCCUACAAAGGAUCAGUCUGAGCUGGCGAUGAGUGUUCAGAGCAUUAAGUUGUUUAGUGU